GCUUUUGACGGAAGAGUCCUUCUUGGAACAGCUCUCAAGUGUGGUCGUCAAUUCCUAGACAUAUUUCUGCGACAAGGAAUGCCACUCUUGGAUAACAUGUUCCGGUCACACAGAGAUGAUGUCCAGAGUCUGCUAAAGAACUUACAGCUUAGUACACGUGCACUCCACCACAUGUGUGGCCAUUCAAAGAUAAUGAAAAACUUGGCAUUGACCAAUCAGGUGCCAUUCCUGAAGAAAAGUCUGGAAGCAUUUGUGUACAGGGUCAAGGUCAUGCUUACAGUCAACAAGUGUUUGGAGGCAUUCUGGCUCGGCAACCUCAAAAACAGGGACCUCAAGGGUGAGGAGAUAAUGUCGCAGGCGUCUGUCGUGGAGGAGAGGAAUGAAGAUGAGAGCGAUGAAGAAGAAACUGUUCCAGAGGAUGAGGAAGAAAGUGAUGUGGAAAUGGAUAACCAGAGUGAGGCAGGAAGUGACCAAACAAAAGAGAACAGUGAUAACGAGUCCUGUAGCGAAAUAUUUUAAAGGGCAGAUAACUCAGACAGAGAAGUUAACAGAACUUAUAAAAUGAGAUCUGACAAGUGAAGAAUUAAAAAAUGUUUCAAAAAUGGAAUUGUUGUCGGCCAAUCUGACAAUUUAAACACAACACUGACUGCAGAUUUAAGAUUGAGAGACGCAAUAUACCAACCAGACAAUGUGGAAGUCAAGAGUGUUCAGUGGAAGACAAAGACAAAUUGCUAAUAAGGAAGUAGUUACUAGCAUAAAUGUUACUGAGGCGUAAAGUGUCAUCAAGUAAUGACCAGAACUACUGACGAAAAAUGUUCAUGUCAUUAAAAGAGAAUCAAUGAGUAUAAGUUAUCUGUUACAUGUGUUAUAAACAUUGAAAAGGCAAGUUAAACCCCCUUUGGUCGAAUGUGAGAUAUGGUGAUAGUGUUCAGAUCAUUAAUAUUAAGUUCCUCUUGGUAGUAUACACAAGGAAAUCAAUACAUUUUGAAUAUUUCACUGGGCAGAACUUUUCUGGUGUAGAAUGUUAAUAUUCCUUCAUGAUAUGGUACAAUAUGUAGUUUUUUGCAGGAUUUCCUUUAUUACUGUUUUGCCAAAUAAUUGUGCAGUACAAAUCUUCUCGACUGUCAACCCACACUUCACUGUCAAGGACAUCCCAAUGUAUUUCUCUGACGAUCACUUGUUUUACCUAAUUGUCAAUAGGCCAUGAUAUGCAUAGCUUACAUUUUCAUAUUUCCCAUGGUUUGCAUCAGUUACAAUAGAAACAAUGUUCUUCAUUGUGCUUUCAAUAUCAUUGUCCUUGAUGUCUCAAACUCUAUAGGUAAUCGGAAUCUUUACCAAACCGGGUCACAGAUAUUUGUUGUUUGCGUGAAAUAAUAUCCUUUACAAGUUUGUUUGUUGUUCCUGGCAGCAGUCAGGGUCAUAUGAAGGGAACAAGUUUGGUAACAAAAUCAUCAUCAGUUGGGCAAUGCAACACUUGGCCUUGUUUCAUAUAAAAUACAUAAAGAACGAUACCUUUAAAUUUGCCUUUUUCAUCGAUUUUGUUAUUCUGAAAAGAUAUUUUGUCAAUUGUCGCAUUAUCUGGUAACUUCGUGGCAAGAUAAAUCUUUGAUAAAUACACCUCCAGAAUGCACAGGAAAGUGUAAAGUUCAAAUUGCGUUGUAUUUUUGUAUAACAAAUGUCUCACCACUUCAAAAUUGAUAAUUAUUUCUUCCGACAUCAAAACAUGCUCCGCAUAAAACACGUCAUGUUAUCGCCCUAUAGUCAAGCACAAAUAAUAGACGUUUUAUAUAUAAUAAAGGUAAGACGAGAUUUUAAAGCAUGAUCAGUAAUCUGGAUAGAGCAGUCAGGUAGGUAAAUCAUUCCAUAUUGGCAAUGACUGUUUGGUUCUCUGCAUCCUAACCUGCACAUUGUAUAGUAAACAUGUUCAUUGUAUACAUAGUAGCAUUAUAUUUCAUUAUAUAUGGUUAUAAAUGUAUUUAUGAAAUUUGCUGUAAUUUGUAAAACUUUUUAUUUGUUGAGAGAUGAUAUUUGUGAUGAAAUGUUAAAUGUACUGUGAUUGUUGUGCUGUGAAGUUUUCAGAUGAAUUGACUAGUGUUUAAGAUUAUGCAUGAUGAUUGCAUAUGGUUCAUGUAUGAGCUUAUUUUGUUGAAAUAAACAUGUAUUAUA